ACUCCCUCCACCUCCACCUCCCCCUCCCCCUCACCCCCCACCAAAAACCUCACGCCACCCCCGCGCGCGCCGCCAGUCCGCACGCCAUGAUCCCCGCUCCUCGCGCCUCCACUGCCGGAGGCAGCGGCAGCGGGUGGCGCCGCGUCGCCCUCGCCCUCCUCCUCCUUCUCGCCCUGCUCACCCUCGCGCCACCCGCAUCAGCGCAGCCGGCGCCGACGACCCCAGCGCUGCAGGCGGCGUACACAGCGCUCCAGUCCUGGAAGCGGACGGCCAUCUUCUCCGACCCAUCCAACUUCACAUCCAACUGGGUCGGCUCGAACGUGUGCGCCUACAACGGCAUCUACUGCGCGCCGCGUCCCUCCGACGGAGCGCUCGCCGUGGCCGGGAUCGACCUCAACCACGCCGACAUCGCGGGCCACAUCCCCGCCGACCUCCCCCUCGGCCUCCCCGACCUCGCGCUGCUCCACCUCAACUCCAACCGCUUCUGCGGGGUGCUCCCGGACACCUUCCUCCGUCUCCGCCUCCUCCACGAGCUCGACCUCAGCAACAACCGCUUCGUCGGCGCCUUCCCCGCCGUCGUCCUGGGUCUCCCGGCCCUCAGGUACCUCGACCUCAGGUUCAAUGACUUCGAGGGACCUAUCCCGCCGGCGGUCUUCGACCGUCCGCUCGAUGCCAUCAUCCUCAACUCCAACCGUCUCCGUGGCCCCAUCCCGGGGAACCUUGGGAACUCGCCGGCGUCCGUGGUGGUGCUCGCGCACAACCGGCUUGGUGGAUGUAUCCCGCCGUCGAUUGGGAGGAUGGCGGAUACGCUCAAUGAGAUCGUGCUCAUUGACGACGACCUCACUGGCUGCGUCCCGCCGCAGGUCGGGUUGCUUAGGAAGGUGACGGUGUUUGAUGUCAGUGGGAACCACCUCCAGGGCCCGCUCCCGCCGACCGUCGCUGGGAUGGCUGCCGUUCAGCAGCUCAAUGUGGCUGGGAACCUGCUCAGGGGCCCCGUGCCGCCGGCGGUGUGCGCGCUGCAGGGGACGCUCAGGAACUUCACCUACGAGGACAACUUCUUCACCUCGCGCCCUGGGUGCCCCGUCGCCACGGCCGACGGGAGGUGGAACUGUAUCCCUGGCGCUCCCGCGCAGCGCCCGCCGCCGCAGUGCGCUGCUGCGGCCGCGCCGUUCGACUGCAGGACGGCGCAAUGCCAGGCGCCGCCCACGUCUGGCACGCCUGGGUCGGGCCCCGGCGGUCCUUCACAGCCGCUGCCCCCGCCAGGCUCCACGACUCCGUCGUACCCGUCCCCGCCAGGGAGCUCCACCACGCCGUCGCACCCGUCGCCGCCAGGAAGCUCCACCACGCCGUCGCACCCGUCGCCGCCAGGGGGCGCCACGACUCCGUCGUACCCGUCUCCGCCCACAGACGGCAGCAGCCCCAAGCCAUCAAUGCCGCCUUCAUCUGGGCCUUCAUCCCAUGGCGGCUCGCCUCCGUCGUCCGGCUACCAGCCGCCGCCGCCGUCGUCAGGGUGGGCACCGUCGGGUCAACCCGUGGGCGUGCCACCACCCGCAGAGCACCCCGGUGGCGUCUGGCCGCCGCACACGCCAACGGCUCCCGGCACGCCAGGAUCAGCGUAUCCGCCGGGCACACCAGGAACGCCAUCCACACCGACGACCCCGGGCACGCCAGGUUCGGCAUUCCCGCCGACGACCCCUGGAGCGCCAGGUUCGACAUACCCGCCGACGACUCCGGGCGCACCAGGGUCGUCGCCAUCCACCCCGACGACUCCAGGCACGCCAGGUUCAACAUACCCACCGACGACUCCGGGCGCACCAGGGUCGUCACCAUCCACACCGACGACUCCAGGCACGCCAGGAUCAACGUUCCCGCCGACGACGCCCGGCGCGCCAUCCACGCCGACGACACCCGGCUACCACCCUCCGUCCCCAGGUGGUGGUUCUCCAGGCGGCGGCCACGGCGGCAACCAGCACGGCACUCCACCUUCAACACCAGGCAGCGGCGGCGGCGUCCUGCCAUUCCCGCCGGCCCACGGCAUGCCCUACUCCUCGCCGCCUCCACCGCCGUCCGACCCAGCGGGGAACCAGCCGUUCCCACCCGUCCACGGCGUGUCCUACUCGUCGCCCCCACCGCCGCUCCCGCCCGUGUACCCCGUGUCCUACGCGUCGCCCCCGCCGCCGCUCCCGCCCGUCUACGGCGUGUCCUACUCGUCGCCCCCGCCGCCCGCGACGCCGUACAAGAGCAACUAGCCGCGUGCUGUUCCACGGUCCGCCCGCCGCCGCCGCGGUGGCGCACCCGCCAGUGACAGACAGAGUCGAGUCGCCAUGACGCAUCAGUACAUCUUGCACUGUAGCUGUUGGUUCUUCUUCCUCCUCGCGCCCGCCGCUAUUUUCUCACUUGUAGUAAUUUUAAAUUUGCUCCCUUUUCGAGGUUGGUUGGUUCUUUCGAUCGAUCGAUUGAAUCGAUCGGGCUGGAUUCAAAGGCUCCGCGGAUUCUUUCUUCCCCUUUCUCUACUAGUAAUAGCAGCAGUACCCUUGUUGUUUAGCUCGAUCUUGCUCGAUCAUCGUAUCAUGCUCGUUCGUGUC